CAAACACACUAUGCCUGCGUGCACUCUGCACACCACUCCGACACACGCUAACUUUAGCCGACCGCGCACGCUGACGCUCCAAGUCCAGCAGCAUACAGCAGCCCCUAAUUGUUUGCUCCAAACAGGCUUCGUGGCGGCAAACUUUCUCCUCUUGUUAAUACAGCAAAGAUUCAUUUUAUUGGGGAAUUUCUUAGCGGCUGGAUCCACGAAAGAUGAUUAAGAAACACGCGACAUCAUCCCUAACUUGCUACACCUUCGCCGUGAUGCUCCUGCUGCUCUGCCACACCCCAGCAGGUGGGGACGAGAUGGAGACUGUCUACCGGCUGCGACCAGAGGUGAUGGCCAAGAACAGCAGCUUCCUGCGCGGGGAGGGCCUGGUGCUGGCCAAGCAGCGGGUGACUGCUUGUGUGUGGGUCAGCAUCACCUACUUCAGGAGACCCUCUGUUGCCCUCAGCAUAGGCAGUAAAGACGUCAGCGCCGCCGAUAUCAGCGUUGGUGUGGUGCCCCAAGGAGUUUUGCUGCGGCAGGGGCGGCAGGUGUGGGCUGCGGAGGCUCCUGUGGUGCCACUGUCUUGGUACCACUUUUGUCUUUCCAUCACACCCACCUCCGUCUCGCUCUUCAUCGACUCAAAACACCUUUUACACGUCAGUCCCGUCAUAGAUUUCUUCAAGGGACAGCUGCAGAUCCUUCUUGGCGGGAGUAUCACUUGGCCUGAUGUUCCUCCCUCCACUUUGAGUUUCACUGCGCCGUCCGACGCCCAGUGGGAGACCCUACGUGCCACCGAGUCCAUCACCUCCGUCACUGGUUCGUUUGCAGGAGACUUAUUGGGUCCCAAAGUUUGGAACGAGGAGCUAGUGGAGGCGAACGUGAAGAAGUUGGGUGCGUGCGGCAUCCUCCCUGAUAUUCCACCGCCUCAAUCUCUAAAGUGGAAUGCUCACGGAGAGAUUACUGAAGUUUCUAUGAACGCGACCGAGCCAUGCAGUCGAAGAUACUUUGAUUAUCUGUUGUUCCCUGAGCCCAUGUACUAUCAAGAGAAUUUUGAGCUGUGUGUUAAACUGGAUAUGGAAAUGAUACGACCUCGUACACUUGAGCAAUACAGUCGUGUGUACGAAGAGAGUGCGGCAAACACAGUGUGCGGAACGGGCCGGGUUCUAUGGUUAGGUAGCGACAGCAAAAACUGUCAAGCUCUCACGGCCUCUGGAAAGGAAUCCGCUCCUUGUCUCUCCAAGAUCUGCGGGGGAUGCCAAAUUACCCCACGGCGGCGUCGCCUCUUUAUUCUGCGAGGCUUAUGUUCUCAUCCUGACGUAGAUUUGGCCUUUGUGGCAUUGUCCAAAAUGACUGCUCGACCUUACUUUCAGGGCGUGGAACGUUACGACAUCGCGUCAGUUCAGGAUAUGUGGGAACUUCGUGAUGCCGCCACUGGUGAAAUACUGGCCACCACAAACGAUACCUUUCCUCUUGGCAUUCACGGUUGGAAAGUGACCUCUAAGGCGUGCGAUGCCAAUACCGAGGACGUAGCAAGAGCGUCACUGAGUGCGUGUGGGGAAUAUCAAACGCUGUGUCGGAACGGUGCUUGUAUAAACCUCAAUUUGCGCUGCGAUGGUUACCCAGACUGUCCAGAUGGCUAUGACGAAGAAGAUUGCCAGCCAGUCAGAAGGCCGCCAGGUUAUCUAACAAACUCUCCGCCACCUAAGCCCCCGGCCGCUAUUAACCUCAACAUAGACAUCACGCGUGUAAUGUCUACCGACCCGCUCACACUGCUCCUCUUCACCCAGCUCUCCUGGAAAGAUCCUCGCCUCAUUUUCGCCAACUUGCGGCAAGACGUUGACACACCUCUGCCUCUCAACUCGCUUAUGUGGCGCCCUCGUCUUCUGGUGCUCGACCCCGGAACCGAAGCACCCGAAGACCUCCUGGAGAAGUCUCAAGCUACAACCUACGGAGGCGGGGCAUCUCUCACCGCUAGGACCUCUGCCGAACCCAUCCCAGACACCAGAGACACGCCAGCAAUCGACAUGCUCUACCCCGGCACCAACACCACCAUCACACUCACCCACUACCUCCAGCAGCCUAUCGACUGCUACUUCGACCUCAGCUUCUACCCGUUUGACAUGCACGUAUGUGAGCUGCCGUUCGUGCUGCUGCCCCACGCCAAGAACCACGCCCGUCUCCACAUUGGUCAGAACAACGUCAGGUACACGGGCUUCUCAAGACUCACGUAUUUCGAGCUGGUCGAGGCCUCGCUGAAAUACCAAAAUGUCGAGCUGGGAGGCCGCGUUCACAGUGGCGUGGUGCUGCAGGUGCAGCUGGCGCGGUACUCCUCCUAUGUGGUCUUGGCCAUCUUCCUGCCGUCCUUUCUUCUACUGAUGGUCAGCACUGGCUCCCUCUGGAUGCCGCACAAGACGUCCUCUCGCCUCGUCAUCAGUUGCUUCGUUGUGGCCGCAUUCCUCAUGAUGUGGCUCAUUGCGGCCUUCACUUGCCCUGGCUCCGGCAAGGCGAAGGCUGUGGAUGCGUGGCUGUGUUUCUGCACCAUACACGCCCUCCUGCAUGCCUCGCUGCAUGUCCUUCAGGAGGUCUUCAGCGGCGGAGGGGGCGUCAACCAGAUGUUCCAAAGGGGAACAUCGCGACACUCCUCUAGGAUAUGUGAAGUGAAGCCCAUCGACUCUGCCAGCCUCUACGACAGCCUGAUGUUGCGGAUCCCUGAGAACGAGCACACAUGGACGGCAGGCUACUGGAUCACUUUAAUCGGUCGGGUUGUUUCUCCAGUCCUCGUCAUAGUUUUCAACCUAAUCUACUGGCCCUUUGUAUUCUAUUUCAACGUUAAUUCUGUACCGUAGCCAGUCUCGUGUAUCUUCAUAUUAUAUUUCGAAACCACUUCUCCUUUAUCAUACACAUAUACGUAACAUUAAAUAAGGCUGCUCAUA